AUGUAUAUUCGAAUACUACUGCUUGUAGCUCUUGUCCAUUCCUGGAAACUCACAACACGCCAGAAUGAGCACCUGAAGAAGCAUUGUGGUGCUCGUUUGCUUGGCAAAAGUCCACAAAAAAUGGGCAAGGUUCCUUACAAGAAACUGCCUAUAGACCUGUUCGAAAUCUAUAUUGGAAGUAGAAACGUGCAUCCAGAGAUGGGUAGAAACAACUCCUACAAAAUUGGGAAAGCUCAGUUUGGUGAUCUUGAUCCCUGUUAUGAUCCUCAUGGUGACUUGGCAAUAAUCGAACUCGACAGAGAUAUACCAGCUGAAGAAGGAACACCAAUUUGUAUGCCGAAGAGGAACGAGACCUUGCAAAAGAAACUGACUGCAGUUGGUUAUGGAGUAACCCCAAAAACAGGUCAGGUGAAGUAUUUCGCAACUCUCCUGGUGUUUUGUUUUCAGCAAAUAAGGCCCAAUCCGAAUGGUACUGUAUUGAACUACCUACAGUCAGUAAGCGUGGAUUUUGCUAAUGUCACUGAAGCAAACAAAGUUUUCACAACAAUAACUAAAGGGAGAUCAAUUUGCAGA